AAUGUUGACUUUAUUUUUAUUUUCAGCAAAGCAUUGUAAGUCAGAUUAUGGGUAUACUGUGUCAAUCAUUUUUGCUCUUUGCUGGUUUUAUUACUGGUUUAUACUGUCAGCUGGACAUUGUAACUGAUGACACACCAUUGGCAUUGAGAGGUGCAUGCAUCAGCAAUCCUUGCCUACAUAAUGGUUUGUGUACCAUUACACCAAGUGGAUUUAUAUGCACCUGUAUGAAUGGUUUCAUUGGUGUUCGUUGCGAACGAAGAGCUGAUGAUUGUCCACGUGACAAUGCCAUGAACUGUGUGCAUGGUGUUUGCAAACUGGAUAUGAAUGGAAAUCCACGCUGUUUAUGUAAUGAAGGUUAUGAAGGUCCCGCAUGUUCUAUUGCCACUGAUGACUGUGCUUCCCAACCAUGCCUAAAUGGUGGUACAUGUACCGAUAAAAACAAUGGCUUUGAGUGUAAAUGUAUUUCUGGUGUGUCUGGAAGUCAUUGUCAGAUAAAAGAAACAUAUAUACAGAAAUGUAUUUCCCAUUGCAAUGUUUAUAGUAAUGGUGGCAAAUGCUGGCAUCAUGGAACGGAAAACAUCACUGUUGGGUGGGGUUACGGCGAACUCAUUUGCAACUCAAUGCAAACUUGUUAUAACAUGUCUAGGCGUGAUGACCAGUCUUAUGAAUACAUCAAUGUACAAUUAAAACCGAUCCACAUGCAAGACACUGAUGACCUGGUGUUUAUCACAGAUCGCGAUGCUGUUCUAUACGAUUACAAUUUUAUACCACACAUCUUACCCAUGGAAGCUGACUCAGCAGAUUCUUUUUCUUCCUGUAACACCACAAAUGCAAUACCUUUAACUAACAACCCAGAGAUAUCUCGAUUAAACGUCAAUGAUUCUUUAUUAAAACUUGGUACACAGUAUUUUAUUGCUGACACAAACACACUUCACCGUUGUCUGUUCGGCUUACGGUUAAAUGUGACUGUAAAAGAUAUGGAUUGUGUAAACCCUGUUGACACUGCAAGUGGUGUGUUUUGUUCCGGGCACGGCAAAUGCUUCAGUGAUUUUAAUAGAAUGAGAUAUGAGUGCUUAUGUUGUGAUGGAUUUACUGGAAAUUAUUGUCAGUACGAGGAUCCCUGCUACGUAAAGCCUUGUUCAAACAGUGCAAAAUGCGAAAUCAUAGAUUAUGGUAAUGGGGUGCUUAAACAUAAAUGUGUUUGUGCGAAUGGUUUCCAUGGUAAAACUUGUAACCGAAUCAUUGACUUCUGUUCAAGUAAUCCUUGCCAAAAUGGCGCCGCGUGUUACUCGGAACUAAAUGGUUACAAGUGUCAAUGCAGGGUAGGUUUUUCUGGGAAGAAAUGCGAAGUGAAUAACGAUGAAUGUGCAGUGUCGCCGUGUAGGAAUAAUGGGACAUGUGUUGAUGGUUUGAACGCAUUUCGUUGCAAUUGCCCACCUGGAUUUAGAGGAACUCUAUGUGAAGUCAACACGAACGAGUGUAAGCAUCAGCCAUGCAUCAAUGGAACUUGUUUGGAUAUGGUGAAUAACUACACGUGUGCUUGUCCAGCAGGUUUUGAAGGAAGGAAUUGCGAAAUUCAAUUGGAUGAAUGCAAAUCUCAGCCAUGCAUGCAUGGAAAGUGCAUCAAAGAAAAGAAUGGCUUUUCUUGCAGUUGUGGAAUAGGUUACACUGGCAUGUUAUGUGAGUUAAAGGUUAACCUUUGCGAACAUUCUCAAUACUGCGUGUUUCAACACCAAAAAACGUGCGUCGACCAUGGUAACAAUGUGACUUGUGUGUGUCUGGAUGGGUGGAGUGGCACCAAUUGCGCGGUCAACAUCGACGAUUGCACCGAACAUAAAUGUAUCAGUGGAGGAAAGUGCGUGGAUAAAGUGAACGGGUAUGAAUGCCAAUGCAAGAAGGGUUUCUCCGGGCUGUAUUGUGAAGUAUCACCACCGAAGAAUGUUCCUGACAUAGAGAUCGAUUUUAUGACUGACAAUUGUGGAAAAUUCCAGGAUUUGCGGGAAGUACAUCAAUUGGAGCAAAAUAUCGUUGCCCUUCUCCGCAGUGCUUGUAAAUGUUCUCUCACUGUGAAGUCUCUCCAGUUUGGUAGCACGAAGGUAGUUUGCAAAGAUGACAUGGCGGGGAAGUUUAUGACUGAUCUUUCAACAGAUGAUGUUGAGUUUCAGCGGAAAGUUGUGUGUGGAAUGCAGAAUACAAUACGAAAUGAAAACACUCCUAACAUUUAUCAUAACACUUACCUGGUUUCUAUCGUCGAUAACAAGGAGAUCUGCAAGAUAACGGAGAAGCGCACUGUUCCUACGGCACCAACUGACACCUCCUCCACUGCGGGUGUGGCAGUCGGAGUGAUUGUGUCUUUUCUGGUUCUCAUCCUCGUCCUGGUUUUUAUCACCAUCAGAGUUCGAAAUUCGCGACGAAAGAAAGUCGGCGUUGUUUAUGAAUUUCAAAAAGAACCAAUCACAUUUGAUAAUCCAGCGUUUAACAAGAAACUAACACAGGAGGAGCCAUCAUUGGAUGAAACGAGUUUCAUGUCAGCCAAUGACACUUUAGACGAUUCAAAAUGGGCGCAUAGUUACGACAGAGCGCGACAAAUGUACGACCGAGCGGGAAAUGUACCGGUUGGUCGACUUUUUGAUAUUCACAAUCCUGCGGGCCCCUCGACAGAACUAUAACUUUGAUACAGCAUCGAUGAUUACUGACAAUUAAGUUGCCUGUAUACAGCAUUCGAUCGAUGUGUCAGCGGACUGCCUGUGGGUAGUAUUUACCGCGGAGACAAAUUUUGUGGGUAAAAUGGGGGAUAUCAGAAUUAUUAGACUUUAUAGCGAAACUUAGAAAUUGUUUGCAAUCAAUUUUUUUUUUCUUUUUUUUUCUUUUUAAGUGUAUAUUAAGGAUUUUUAAUUGUAAUUUAUAAGUUUUUUAACGGUAUUUUUAGUGUAUAUAAAAUUUGAUGAAUUCAUGUACAUUAAAAUUAAUUUUUUAA